AUGACACCAAGCACAGAUAGCCUGUCGCAGACAGGCACUACGACUACGAUUGUUCGACCGCGGAAACAGAUACCAAUUGAAGCUACAGAGCUCACGACCAAGGACAAGAUCUCGACCGAUGCGGACGUUUGGGGUCGUGCAGGACUUGGACGGUCGUGGCUACGUUCUCUCGUUGGAGCUUCGCCGCUGUUUCUUGCGCCAAUCGGGUCGAUAUCCAUCUUCAUCACGCUCGUUCAGUACGAAGGAUCCUUCUCACUCUUUGCAGACGCAGUGAAGGAGUAUGGCUUCUGGAACAUCUGCGCCCAGUAUGGGCCUCAAAUCAACAUCAAGGGCAUUGCAGCAGUGAUCUGCUGGCUCGUCGUUCAGGCAGUUUUGUAUAUCUAUCUCCCCGGCGAGAACCACCAGGGACAGCUCACGCCAGCUGGAUAUCUUCUCGACUACAAGAUCAAUGGCCUCUCAGCCUGGAUCGUGACGCAUCUCCUGUAUGGCGGUCUCAGCUGGUUUGGCAUUCUGGACCCCGGUUUCAUACCCCGCAACUGGAGUAGUUUGAUUGGGGCCAUGAACUUAGCUGGCUUCCUUAUCUCGGCACUUGCUUUUGUCAAAGCGUACGUGGUGCCAUGUCAUCCAGAGGAUAGAAAGUUCAGUGGAUCCUUUUUAUAUGAUUUCUUCAUGGGAAUUGAGUUAAAUCCGCGGUUGGGUGAUAAAUUUGACCUCAAAUUGUUCAGCAAUGGUCGAGCUGGAAUGAUGGUGUGGACUUUGAUAGACUUCUCCAACAUGGCUUAUCAGUACCAAAAUCAGGGGUACGUUGAGCCAUCACUAAUUCUCGUGACAGCACUCCAGACGCUCUAUGUGCUAGACUUCUUCAUCAACGAAUCGUGGUAUCUCCGGACGAUUGACAUCGCUCAUGAUCACUUUGGCAUGUAUUUGAUCUGGGGCUGCUUUUGCUUUCUGCCAACAACAUACACGAUACAAGGGCAGUACCUUGGUCUGUACCCAUCAUCAGCCCCAACACCCUACCUGGCAUUCUUCUUUUCCCUUGGAGUAGCAGGCUAUGUGCUCUUCCGCGUUGUCAAUCACCAAAAAGACAUGGUCCGACGAACAGGGGGGAAAUGCACCAUCUGGGGCAAGCCGGCCGAGUGCAUCUCAGCACGAUUCCGAACCUCGGAUGGCAGACAGCACACGAGCUUGUUGCUCUGCAGCGGCUUCUGGGGCUGGUCUCGUCACGCAAACUAUGUAGGGGACUUGUUACUCAGUUUUAGUACGUGUGCACUGGUCGGUAGCACAAAGGCUGUGGUGUGGUGGUAUGCCGUCUGGAUGCUUCUGUUGCUUGUCCAUCGGUGUAUACGUGAUGAGAAGAGGUGCUCGGUAAAAUAUGGAGCUGCCUGGACUGAGUACUGCAAGCGCGUUCCUUGGCGAUUCAUUCCUGGUAUCUGGUAA